AUGGCCAGCCUACAGACUCCCCUGGACGGACAGAAACAAACGAUUAGCCUGCUAGACAUCAUCGAGUCGCCAGAAUUGGCUGCUACCUGCGGCGAAAUGCUCGACAAAUCUCCUGGCUAUUCUUACACCAGCAUUGACCUAAGCGACAUUGACCUUCUUAAAGUCUCGAUCUUGCAUGGCGACGAUGACUCCAUGAUCUCGUACAUGGAGAUGGCAACGAAUUCGAAAGCGGCAGCUUGGUUGGAAGCUGACGAAGCCUGGUGGGACGAGAUGGCUGGCCAGGCACAACUCGAACCCUCUGAUAUGGAAUCAAUAGAUUGA